AUGGCCGCCCACCCCACAAACUCCGCAUACGAGAUGUACGAACCCUCGAUGUGUGGAACGGGAAUCGGGACUCCUUUCUCUCUUGCAGCCGCAGUUCAGCGGUUUGACCCAUCCCUGGCUGCAGUCACCAUCCGCUUCAGCCUCCUCCACUCCUUCUCGGCAAUUUUUCCCGGUGGAGUUGCCAGCUUCCUCUACCCGGUGGAUCAACGCACAAAGGCAGGUUCAUUUCAGAAAUGGAUUCUGAAGAGCUCAUAG